CAAAGCCACGCCCACCGAUAGCGAGUCAUCACUACGUACUUUAAAGAUGGCGGCGUGUGUGUGUGCGGAGUCUGAUGUGUUUAUUAGCAGCAAGUUUGUAAUUUGAAGUAUUGCGUUUAGGCGCUUCACGAUUUAUGUAGAUCGCAUAGACGUUCUCUGUCGUUCAUGCGUCAAAAGACAGGUAGUUUGAGGUGUGAUCGGUCACGACGUUUGGAGAUAUUGAUUUGUCGUGCUAAAACUGACAGCUGUAAGUUAAUCAGCUAGCUGUUCUCGUAAACUCAUGCUGUGUACUUAGAAAGGACAUCGGGCACGAAACCCUCUAGCAAAUGUGACCUUCUGUGCUGCCAACACUAGGUAGGCAGCAGGCGAGAACCUGCAUUGCCACCGCGAGUUAGAUCACAUCCAUAGCAGCUCUUGACAUUUGUUCAGGAAAUAAGAUUGUCAGCAGGUGACCUGUCUGUACAUGAAAACUGGCUUACAUUAUCUUAAACUGGUUUUAAUUUUUACAUCAAACUGGUGAUCUUCCCAAUAACUGUUAAAUAAAGACAUUUGGUGCAUUAGUUUGUAGUCUGCAUUAAAGUUUUCACGUGUCUGUUUUGCAAGCCUAUAAAUUGCUUGCGGAGAUUAGUUUUGGUGAUGGUUAGUAUUCAGACUGGUGAAGUCAGUCUUGCAACAUUUAAACAGGACUGAAUCCCAGAGAAAACGGCGAAACUCAUUUUUAUAGAGUCUUCACUUUACUGUUUUUUCCCCAAUACAGUUUUGUUGUAGUAUAAUGCUAUCCCGAGCUUUAAGGAAAUCCAUUUCCUAUGGAAAUCCUUUAGUGGAGGUUUUCAGUGGGAGUUAUUGUAGUCGUGUGGGUUUUCAUCAGACCGCUUUGUGUAAAGUUGCUUCGCAAGCUGAAUGCGGCUUUAAACCAACAAAAGUCGCGGUUGUGACGAAAACCACGCGCUUUGAGUUUGAACAACAGAGAUAUCGAUAUGCGGGGCUGUCGGAGGAGGAUCUCGAGCAGUUGCUUGCCUUGAAAGGAUCCAGUUACAGUGGGCUUCUGGAGAGACAUAAUAUACACACCUUCAAUGUUGGACAUAUUGUGGAUAGUUUACAGAGAGAAGGCAUCGAGGUGCGCAUUGUUAAAAGAGGAGAGUAUAAUGAGGACACAGUCAGCUGGGCAGAUGCCAUCAUCUCUGCUGGAGGUGACGGUACAAUGCUACUAGUUGCCAGCAAAGUGUAUGAUAAGAGCAAGCCCGUUUUGGGGGUCAAUACAGACCCAGAGAGGUCAGAGGGUCACUUGUGUUUACCAGUGCACUACACAAAUGCCUUUUCUGAGGCCUUACAGAAACUCGGGAAGGGGCAGUUCAGGUGGCAGUGGCGUCAGCGUAUCCGGGUGUACUUGGAAGGAACCGGGAUAAACCCCACUCCAGUGGACCUACACGAUCUACAGUUGAGCCUCGAGCAGCACAGCAAGGCGCACCGCAUCACCACAGAAAACCAGCGCGGUUUCAAACACGACAGUCCCGAGGGUCCUCACCUGCUCCCUGUCCGAGGCCUGAACGAGAUUUUCAUUGGGGAGUCACUUUCAUCCAGGGUGAAGUAUAAAUCCUUCAAACCCCAUCUUACCCUCUCGCUUCAUAGGGCUUCAUACUAUGAAAUCUCUAUCGAUGACGGGCCGUGGGAGAAGCAGAAGAGCUCAGGACUUAGCAUUUGCACUGGAACCGGAUCUAAAGCAUGGUCCUACAAUAUUAAUAAACUUGUGGAGCAGGCCGUGGAAGAUGUUCUAAGAAUAGGUAAAUCAAAAACGGGUGUGAAUCUUCCUCUAAAUCGAGAGUUUAUUGAGAGUGUUACUGCAGCAUACAAUGAGUCUCUGAUCUUCAGCCCAGAAGAAGACAAACUUUUCUUCAGUAUUAGAGAGCCCAUAGUCAACAGAGUGUUUUCCAGUAGCCAGCAAAGAGGAUUUGCAAACAAGGUUUCUGUCCGCUCGAGGUGUUGGGACGCCUGCAUGGUGGUUGAUGGUGGAACGUCAUUUGAAUUUAAUGAUGGUGCCGUUGCUACGAUCUGCUUAAAUGAGGAGGACCUUUUGCGAACUGUCAUUCUGGAUUAAAUCCCCCGGUGCAUCUUACUAUCGCUCGAUGAGCAUGUGUAUUUAUUGAGAACUGAGCACAACUUUGAGAUGGACAGAAAUGUAGAACUGACAAUGGGUUUGUUUUUGACUCUUAACAGUUUUUUAAUGGAUAAUGGGGUUUGCAGGUGAGAUGUAUUUUUCUUGUUCCAGACAUUCUGGCGUGGAUCUACAGUGUCCGUCAAGAUUUUCCACUUACUUGAAUUUCCUUCUUGGUGGCAAAUUUUUAAAUAUUUUUUCUAGAUCUACAAACACUAGAGCCACGAGUCAUCUGCCAUGUGAAACUGUCUAGUCCUAGUUUUCUCCAGACAAUGAUAUUCAGGCAUAUUAAAGUGUAGAGCAACUUUAAAGCACAUUGGUUUAUUUUGCAUUUAUGCUUAAGCACUUGUCCUGGAGGGAGGCUAUUUAUUAUGAAGCACUGUUGUGCCAAAUAUGUACGAGUACAUAUAAAGUCACAUUUUCAGAUAAAGUCAAUGCUUUCUAAAACAGCAGCUUAAAUAAUACUUGAUAUUUUUAUGUUUAAAGGGACACUCCACUUUUUUGAAAAUAUGCAAAUUUUCCAGCUCCCCUAGAGUUAAACAUUUGAUUCUUACCAUUUUGGAAUCUAUUCAGCUGAUCUCUGGGUCUGGCGCUAGCACCUUUAGCAUAGCUUAGCACAAUCCAUUGAAUCUGAUUAGACCAUUAGCAUCGCGCUAAAAAAUAACCAGAGUUUCGAUAUUUUUCCUAUUGCAGCAGGCGUAGUGAUAUUACGCACUGCCCGAAAAUAGUCCCCUUGGAUACUUUCAAAAGUAGGGGACUAUUUUUGGGUACUGCGUAAUAUCACUACGCCUGCUGCAGCCAUGUUACAGCAGCAAAGUGCUAAUUAUUACACCACAAAGAGUAUAGUUCCUAGCCAUAUCGGCCUAGAAAAUCGCAACUUUAAAUUUUCUGUCGGUCUUAGUACACAAUGUAACUUACAGAGGAGUUAAGUUUUAAAUAGGAAAAAUAUCAAAACUCUGGUUAUUUUUACACGAUGCUAAUGGUCUAAUCAGAUUCAAUAGAUUAUGCUAAGCUAUGCUAAAAGUGCUAGCGCCAAACCCGUAGAUCAGAUGAAUGGAUUCCAAAAUGGUAAGAAUCAAAUGUUUAUCUCAGGGACCUUAUUAGCAUAUUUUCCCAAAAAAGUGAAAUGUCCUCGACAGGUCAAAAAGCAUUGUAACGUUGGAGAAGAUGGCUAAAACAUUUUGUAGGUUAAGCAUUAAAAAUGUUGUGUCUGCAUUAGGUAGUUUGCUGGAACAUUUAAAUUGAGUUUGGGGUGUAACUGUUCUGUUCUUAACAGUGAAUUACAAAAAAAUGACACAAGAAUGGAUUUAAAUAAAAAUGCAAUACAUUUAUUUACAGUUCAAACCAUGUAAUUCAUAAAAAUUUUCUUGACAACCAAGAUUUACAACAUUCAGGUUUUCCUAUGUAAUUAGUCAGGAAUAUGGAAUAAAGUUUCACAUUAUUUUCUCUGCUGUGAGAUUUUUUUUAAACCUGGUGUAAUGCAGUUGUGUUGCCACGUAUGAAUUCUGAGACAGUAUAAAAUUCAACCAUAAAAUCCAUUUUCUCAAUAAGCAGAACAAAAUGGCACAAAUACUUGAUCCUGACAAGAGGACUUCUUUUAACGCAACACACAUCAUGUAAAAAAUUAC